UUCUCAUACUAAUGGACUUUUAAACCUCUUGUGCUGUGUGUCAUUGUUUACUUUGUAUUGGUCACGGCGUUCACUGUCUUUCUUCAUUUCCCGUACACCAUGUUGAAAUGUCAGGUGGAUAAAUAGGACUUGUAGUCAACAUUCGGGAGAUUAAAAAGUGCUCAGAUAGUAGGAAGCGCAUUUUACAGCCAUUCAUCGCUGAUUUUGACGAAUAGAAAUGGAUCUCCGGUAUCUUCUUAGUAUUGCGCUUGGCAUCUGCUGCUGGUAUGGCGCCCUCUCGUGUCCAGACCUCUGCAAUUGCUAUUUUGGCCAGGAAUCCACGGAGGUAAUCUGCAACAACAUACAAAUUUCUGUCUUCCCGGCUAAUGGUAUGCCGAGGAACACCACCCGUCUCACCAUUCAGUAUACCAAUAUUACUACAAUUACUGGAGAGGACCUGCUCGCAACACCACUUCUUAAAGAGCUCCACUUGUCAAACAAUAUGAUCAGAAACCUGUCAACAGACAUGCUCAUUGGGGUCCCUCAUCUUCACACCAUAGACCUUACAGGUAACCAGCUGAUGCACCUUCCAUCUCGAGUAUUCCACCACGCCCCACUUGACAGCAUAGCGCUCAAGAACAACCUCCUCUCCAGAGCAGAAGCUGAUUGGUUGCCCAGCAACAGCAACCUCACCUGGAUUGACCUGUCAGGUAACCGCUUCCAGAAGAUUCCUGCUGGCCUCCUCCAGAACCUGGGCCGCCUGAUCACCCUGGACCUCUCCGAGAACAAGCUCGAGGACAUCCCAGCUGGAGUUCUGGACCUUCUGACCCUCCUGGAGAGGUUGUCUCUGCAGAACAACAAAGUUCGCACCAUAGACCCCUUAGCCUUCAAAGGCACAUAUGCCCUAUCUUAUCUGUUUCUGCAAUAUAACCGCCUGGAGAAACUGUCCCCGACCCUCUUCCAGCAUGUGAAGGAGUUGAGGUAUCUGGAUCUCAGUGGGAACCACCUGCGCCAUCUCCCCGAUGGGGCUCUGGAUCCCAACGUUCUGUUUGUGGACCUCGGGCUGAACCCCUGGCACUGUGAUGCCAAGAUGGACUACCUGUGGAAGUGGGAGAGAAAGUCUAUAGAGGUCCGCCAGGAGGAGACCAAGGCUGUGUGCGCUCUGCCAGUGGUGCUGAAGGGAAGGCCACUAGCGUCCCUGAGUCCAGACGAGCUCGGAGUAAAAGAGGAGUGAAAUUCUAUUCUUACUGUUCCGUCAUUUUUUAUUCUUUUUUUGUGUUUUUUGUUUAGUGUUGUACUUUGAGAGCAAAGAUUGACCGGUGUCAAAUUCCUUGUUUGUUUACGUAAACCUGGCCAAUAAAGCUGAUUCUGAUUCUGA